AUGCGGCAAGGGAAACACCACGCACACGGCUGCAGCAGCAGCAGCAGCAGCAGCAGCAGCAGCAACAGAUGCAGCAGCAGCAGCAGCAGCAGAUACAGCAACAGAGAGAUUAGCAGCAAAGAAAUUACCACACAGCAGAAGCAGCAGCAGCACAAACAGCACCAGCAGCAGCAGCACCAACAGCAGCAGCAGCAGCACAAACAACAACAGCAGCAGCAGCAGCAGCAGCACAAACAGCAGCAGCAGCAACACAAACAGCAGCAGCAGCAGCACAAACAGCAGCAGCAGCAGCAGCAAAACCAGCAGCAGCAGCAGCACCAGCAGCAGCAGCAUGAACAGCAGCAGCAGCACGACCAGCAGCAGCAGCAGCAGCAGCAGCAGGUGCAUGCAUACCGCAGCAGGAAUAACAGAAGAAGAGAAUACGCCGCAUGCAUCGUGGUGUAUGUACACCUGAAUGCAGUUCUGCUGCAGCAGCAAGCGGAUAGAUGA